AUGGCACCAACCCUCAGAGAGUCUAUCCUCACCCUACUCGCGCCCUCUCCCACCGACUCAGCUACAGGCCACCAUGGCGGACCCCUCGUUGCGGCCAAAGACCUUCUCGCGCGGACUUCGUUGCACCGCCGAGAUGACGACAAGACAGACCCGUCUCGCGGCGUUCUCGAUCCGCACGACAUCUCCAAUGUCGGCUUCUUCGUGCUAUUCGCCCUGAUUGGCGUCGCAUUUGUCUGCACGGGCAUCUGGUUCUUUUUCUGGGCAAAGAAUGGAGGGUUCUACUUCAAGGAGAACGAUUGGGAUGAUUACAAGACGACCGUUUUGAGAAGAAGAGGACCCAACGGCACUUUGCUGAGCGGUGCUACGGAGAGUACGAACUUGGGAGGCGGCAGUGUCUACAAGGACGUUGUCGAUGAUGAUGGCCGCACUGUUGUCACCGAAUCGACGGCUUUGAGUGGUAUCACGGCCGGACCUAGCGACAUUGGCGCGCGCGAGAAAAGGGAGCGCAAGCGUGAGAUGAGGGAAAGGGAACGUGAGCGCCGACGCAACGAAAAGGAGAGCACAAGCGAAAGCGCCAAGCGCUCUAAACGACAUGUCGGUACUGAAGGCGUCGAAGACGAGGAAGCCGAGCGUGCGGCCAAAGAGUAUCUGCGCAACUACCGUCAUGAGAAGGCUGCAAGAGUGGGUGGGUUGAACAAGGAGAGCGAGGGCUCGCAGUGGGAUGGCAGCACAAACCCCGGUGACUCGACCGUCUCGUCCAACCUGCUGUCCAACAAGCAGGCGACACCGACUUCCACCCCGACCAAGGCUGGUGGCAUUCGCAAGGUCUACAGCACAACGACCAAGAACGAGAGCCCCUCCCGCCACAAGGAGCCCAGCCGUCGCUCGCGCCGUGAAGAUGGACCGCCCCCUGCUGCGUCCUCCGGCACCAGCUCACCAAGCCGUGUUGCGCGCAGGGACUUUAGUUAUCAGAGAAGCGUCGUCGGCUCGGACAGUGCGCUCACGGAGAGCCUACUGGAGGGCACGAGCAGUGACCUGGGCACCAAGAGUUACCAUCACCCCAGGCCCGAGCUGAGGGCGCAGAGGCAGAAGGAACGCGAGGAACGACGGGCGAGAAGGGGAGGUUACCGCCGGGGCAGGGGAGAGGAUGAUGAAGAGCUGUGA